AUGAAGAAAUUAAAAGAGUAAUGUUUAGAAGCCUUAAAAUUUUCUUCAGAUUGUAAAUUUAUCUUAUGAUUUUUAGUAUAAUAACAAUUAGUUCAAGUGAAAAAAGAUCUUUAAGAUAAAACAUAAUAAAUUACCAAAUUGUAAUCUGUAAUUUAGAUGAUUGAUUGUGAAGCUUCUGAUAUUUAAGAUUUAUUUUGGAAAGUUCAAAAAUAAACAUUGAAUAUAAAGUAAAGUGUGAGAGAAGCAGAAUAAAAAUCUGAUAAUUCUGAAGUGAUUGAAAAAUAAUUUGAAGAACUUUAAGAAAAGAUUAUAAAUCUUGAAGAACUUGUAUUCACUCAUCUUUUUAAUAAUAAAAUGAAUUUAAAGAAGAACAAUAAGAAAUAGAAUGAUUAGAAUAAGGAAAAUAAUGAAGAUAAUUUAAAUUUGAAAGAACUUCAAAAUAAGAAGAAGAAAUAUAUAAGUACAAUUAAAAAAACUCAGACUUAAUAUGUUAGUAAUUACAUAAAUGAGGAAUCAGAUGAAGAAGAUGAUUAGGCAUAAAAAAGAUAUAGAAAAAGAUUAAGACAUAACACUGCAAUAGAUUAAUCCAAUAAUCUAAUAAAUGAUAUCUUUAAUUUUAAUUGA